CUUCCGGGUUCCAACCCAGCCCCUGCUAAGAGGCUGGAAGCAGAGCAUUUUUGUUUCCGGUCUUGGGCUGGCGCCCCCGGCGCGGUGGUUUCUGGGAGCUAAGGGUCGCGAUGGUUCGUGAGUGAGCUUCCGAAGGUGCUGCGUCGGACCUCCAGGGGCGGAGUUCCGAUUUUCUGAGCAUCGCUUAAGUUACAGCUUACCAAAGGUCUUAACUGCUGUAGAAGAAAAAUUGGAUCAACAAGAUUUUUGGAGAAUAAAAGAUGACAACAGCAGCGAGACCAACUUUUGAACCUGCAAGAGGUGGAAGAGGAAAAGGAGAAGGGGAUUUGAGCCAGCUCUCGAAGCAGUAUUCAAGCAGAGACCUUCCCUCUCAUACAAAGAUAAAAUACAGACAAACUACACAGGAUGCCCCCGAAGAGGUUCGAAACCGUGACUUCAGGAGAGAGUUGGAAGAGAGAGAGAGAGCUGCUGCAAGGGAAAAAAAUAGGGACCGUCCAACCCGAGAACAUACGACUUCCUCUUCAGUGUCAAAGAAGCCCCGUUUAGACCAGAUUCCUGCUGCCAACCUUGAUGCUGAUGAUCCUCUCACGGAUGAGGAAGAUGAGGAUUUUGAAGAGGAGAGUGAUGACGAUGAUACUGCGGCUCUUCUUGCAGAGCUGGAAAAAAUCAAGAAGGAGAGAGCUGAAGAGCAGGCCAGGAAGGAACAAGAACAAAAAGCAGAGGAAGAGAGAAUUCGCAUGGAAAACAUUUUGAGUGGAAACCCUCUCCUUAAUCUCACUGGCCCAUCCCAGCCUCAGGCCAACUUCAAGGUUAAAAGAAGGUGGGACGAUGACGUCGUUUUUAAGAACUGUGCAAAAGGUAUAGAUGACCAGAAGAAAGACAAAAGAUUUGUAAAUGAUACACUGCGAUCUGAAUUUCACAAAAAGUUCAUGGAGAAAUAUAUUAAGUAGUGCAGUUUUAUGUGCUUAAUAAAAGACAGAAAUGCCAAGGA